AUGGCGAAGGCAUAUGAUCGGGUGGAAUGGUCUUUCCUCCGUAAGAUGAUGCUGGCGUUGGGUUUUCAUGAUGGUUGGGUGGAAUUGAUUAUGAAGUGUGUCACCACAGUCUCUUAUAAUAUUCAGGGUAGCGAGAGGUGCCCCCCAAUCUCUCAUUUAUUCUUUGCGGAUGAUAGUCUUUUGUUUUUUAAAGCCAAUGUGGAGGAAGCGGUUGAAGUUAAAAGAUGCUUAUCGGUGUACGAGGAUCUGUCUGGGCAGGCUCCGAAUUUUGGCAAGUAUUUGGGACCCCCCUCUUUUGUUGGAAGACACAAAAAAGCAGUUUUUGCGUAUAUUGAGGAUAAAAUCCGUCAAAGGAUUGGGCCAUGGAAUAAAAAACUGCUCUCGCAGGCGGGUAAGGAGAUUUUAUUGAAAACUGUAGCGCAAUCUAUGCCUACGUUUUCAAUGAGUGUUUUUUUGCUGCCUAUAUCCGUGUGUACGGCGAUAGAGAGAAUUAUGAAUCGGUAUUGGUGGGACUCUGGAACUGACAGGCGAAUACAUUGGAAGGCAUGGGAUAAGCUGUGUAUCCCUAAGAAGUAUGGGGGUUGGGAUUUAAAGAUUUGCGAGCUUUUAACCUAG